CUUCCGGCGGCAAAUUCGGACAAUUACAGUACAGAAAUUUUCCUUAUUAUUCAGCUAUUUCUCGACAGUCCACUCUAAUAGUUUCUUCUGUUGGUCCAAUCAAUGGUAUUGAUUGACUGAACUUGCGAAUGAACCAAAAUGAACAGAGAAAGUGAGUUGGCGAGGCAGUUGCACGAAUGGACGACACAAGAAAUGCACUUUAACUUACAGUCAUCUCAUUCAGCAGCUUUAGAUCCUGAGAAGUUAAAAGUGCUGUGUAAAGGGCCAGGAGCUGCAAUCUGGCAAUGGGUGACACAACAUGUCAAGUCCACAGAAACAGUGAAGACAGUAAACGGCAAUCUGGCAUUUAAAAGCAAGACGUCUGUUCCAAGUUACAAAGUGAACUAUGAUGUGGGUGGGAAACAGUUCGAAGACUCCAAACAAGCCUUACUGGAGCGAAGAGCUGCUCUCACAGGGGAGAUAACUACAACAUUGAGAGAUGUCGGCCAUUUUGAGCACGAGGUGGAAAGAAUCACAGCAGAGGUUGCUGAGACAGAGCGAAAGUACCAGCAGGUUAAAGAAGCCAUCAACAACUCCCGCCGGAAGGCCGCCCUCCUGACUGCGUUCUGUGUGAAAUCAGCUGACAACGCAGCACAGUAUAAGGAAUACGUGCGAUGUCUCCAAACCAGGACUGCUACCAUCAAAUCCAGGGCACAGAAAGGCUUGGAGACAGAAGAGUAUUAUAGUCGAGAGGCAGCAGGUGGAGAUAGUGAUGAUGAGGAGGAAACAGAAGAAAAGACACCUGCACUGGAGAUUGCUUCUGCGAAACAUGUACGAGAGAGCUGUUCAGAGAUUGGCACAUUUCUACAAGACACAUUGAAUGGAGCGUUCACUAAUGAUAAAGCCUUGUUCUCAAAGCAAAAGGAGCCACUCUGGCAGAAGGUUGAGCAAGUGUGUGGCACAUUCUCUGCUGACCAGAUACUGACCGGUCUACUAACCCAUACAGUGGACACUACAGCUGCCCUCCACUCACUGACCAGUAAAGUGGACAUCAGGAGGGACGCCCAGAAACUCAGAUUCAAGUAUGAUGGUGGAGAAGUGAGGGAUCUGUCCAGACAGCCAUCCUUGUACAAAAGUGUACAUCAAUUAUUACAGGAGAGGAACAAGGAACACUUCCUCAGUUUUGUCCAGUGUCAGAAGUCUGUCAACGAUGCCCGGAAUUUAGAGCAGUCUGUAUCCAUGGUGAAGUCACGCAUUGAGAAAAAACUCCACAAGCUUUUCUCACAGAAGUCCACAGACCUGAAACUUGCCAGGACCCUAGUAGAUGUGGAAGUUGAAGUUGACGGCCAGAGAGCUGCUUUGCACAGCCUCACACAGGAGACAGAGGCACUGAAAGUGGUCGUGGAAAAAAGCAUCCAGCAGCGGCAAGAAAUUUUUGCCAAACACCACCGCAUACAGGAGUUCCAGGAUAUCACGGAUCAGAAGCAGGGUGUUAUCCAAGUGCUUGUCAAACAGAACAUGAAUGCCCAGUCACGAUUAGAAGAACAGCUAGCAGAUAUAUCUGACUACAUCGGUCGCUCGUUUGUCUCCCAGCCCUCUCAUCUCACUGGGCUCACGGGGAAACUUGCAGGAACAGUCUCACAGGAGGUGGAUGGCUUUGCUAACCUUGUACUGCCGUAUUUGAUGUUCUCACAGAUUGAUAGUGCCCUGAAGACAGCUGUUAUGGACCUGUCUAUACACCAGACCUCACAAGUCCAUAUCAGACCUGCUCUCUCCACUGUGCUAGAUUGCCUGAACUUCAAAAUGUUCCAGGCUCCAGAGUGUAUCUUGUCCCAAUGUGUACAACUACGGGAAGAUAUAGGGGACAUUCUACACAGGCUUGAUAGGGAAGCCAGUAUAGCAUCUAGAAGAACAGAAGAUGAUGUGGUCGUCAAUAUCACAGAGUUAUGUGAGCGUGCACGCGAGAGUGACAGUCAACAGCUCCGACAGACGCUACCACGGUUACAGGAGAAGAUUUCCCGCACUAACCAAGCCCUAGACAACUGUACACAUGCCAGGCAGGCAGCAGAUGACUGGUGGUUGGAGCCUAGUCAGAAGUGUGUCCCCUGGGUGACUGUCGAUGACCAUACCUUACAACAGUACAUAGACAGAUGGACAGUCCUAGUGACCAGCCUUAGACAACAGCUUCUUCACAAGCAGUGAGGAGGAACAUCUUUCAUCAGAAGAUCUCGUUUUGCACCUUUUUGCUUUUCCAUGUACAUUUCUCUUUGCUGAGUUAUAUUUACAUCGGAGUCAUGAACAGUUUGUGGAUACAUGUAUAUGAAAUGUUUUCAGUAUUUACUUCAUAAAAAAAUAAAAGUAUUCAUGUUUUAGAAACUUGAUUUCUUUUACAUGUCUCUCCAUUACAUGUCUCUCCAAUUUUUUUUAAAUAAUAAGGGAUGUCAAUUUUACCAUUCACUUGAUGUAAGUAAAUGUGUUGUACAGGCUAUCACGAAAAUCAAUCUCAGUCUCUCAACUCAUUUCACCUAACUGCAUCAAAGGUUAUUAAAAAUCAUAUAUGUUUAUAUACUUUGGAAAAUUGACAAAAUCUUUUCAUAAACACAUUCUAUGAGAAAAUAUGUUUUCAAAAAGUAUAAAAAACGGUAAAGAUUUUGAAUCAUACUAUGCUUUCAUGUGGUAGAUAAUGUUGAGAUUGUAUUUUUACUUGAUAUAUUGUGGUCAGGAAAGUUAUGUGAAGAUUAUCUACCUAGAGAUUGCUUUUGAGUGCAGUGAGUGCAAAAAUGUUUUGAACAUGCUGGACAUUUUGUCUGACGUCUUUAUGGAUUACGCAGGACAUUUUUCAGUAAAUAUGGAAGAGCUCAAUUUA